CCGCUGUGUGUGUUUAUGGAUGCUGAUUCCUGGCGUUCUCCUUUCGUCUUCAUUGGAAAUGAAGGACUGACGCACCAGAGGGAGUUCGGUCCGCUUCUCUCUGCCUUCACCGAGCUGCGGGUUCCGUGUUCCUGCUCACCGAGCUGUGACGCGGACGAAGAGGUGGGAGGGGUCCAACGCGCGUGCUUAAAAACUCGGCUCCAAGGCGAAAUCCAGACAGAACCGCGCUGCAGAUCAGCAAACAGCAUCGUACCGACCUCUCCUCCUUUACGCACGGAGACACGACCAGUCCGCGCGCUCGGAAACAACUCAAACAUGAUCAAGAAAAUGUCUCCGCCCGAGAGCGAGUAUGACAUCCCGGCCAAGAACUGCUACAGGAUGGUGAUUCUGGGCUCCACUAAAGUAGGGAAAACGGCCAUCGUGUCUCGGUUCCUGAAUGGGAGGUUCGAGGAGCAGUACACCCCGACCAUCGAGGACUUUCACAGGAAACUGUAUAGCAUCAAGGGGGAAGUUUACCAGCUGGACAUACUGGACACUUCUGGGAACCAUCCCUUCCCCGCCAUGAGGAGACUCUCCAUCCUCACAGGUGAUGUCUUCAUCCUGGUCUUCAGCUUGGACAACCGCGAGUCCUUCCAGGAGGUGCAGCGGCUCAAGCGGCAGAUCUACGAGACCAAGUCGUGCCUGAAAAACAAAAUCAAAGAGAACAUCGACGUGCCUUUGGUGAUCUGCGGGAACAAGGGUGACCGGGAGUUCCACCGGGAGGUGCAGCAGGAGGAGAUCGAGCAGCUGGUGGCCGGAGACGACAAGUGCGCCUACUUCGAGAUCUCCGCCAAGCGCAACGAGAACGUAGACAAGAUGUUUCAGACUCUUUUUACUUUGGCCAAACUACCUCACGAGAUGAGUCCCGACCUGCACAGAAAAGUGUCCGUGCAGUAUUGCGACAUGCUGCACAGGAAGUCCCUGAAAAACAAGAAGAUGAAGGACAUCGGGGAGGCGUACGGGGUGGUCACGCCGUGCGCGCGGAGACCCAGCGUGCACAGCGACCUCAUGUACAUUAAAGAGAAGGCCAUAGGAGGCGGGCAGGGCAAGGACAAGGAGAGGUGUGUGAUCAGUUAGAGGUGCCCGGGGAGCAGACGCUGCUGAAGUUAUUGUUACGGGAGGAAGGAGCCUGGUGCGUCACUUUGAGACGCGUCCAGCGCAGCCGCGUGCGCUCACACUCACUGUGGGACGUUCGGAGGUGCCAAGGACCGCUGCAGCGCACGCGCGCACCGUUUCCAGGGACACUGCCCGCGCGACAUUAAAGAAUGUGAGCUUUCUCUGUCAGUCAGAGCCCGUGUGUGACGUGGCUUUGUGAGACUCGCGCAUUGAUGCGUAAAAUCCGUGCUUUGACGUCCUGCCUUUCCCAGAGACUCAGGAGGUGCGAUGUGAGCUCCACAUGCUGUUUACAUGCGACUGUAGACUUUAUGAAGGCUAAGUACACUUGAAUGUUUUCUUGCAAUCUGGAUUAUUUUUUAUUGUGAAUGCAUUAUUUAUUGUCAGUGCCAAUUUUUGCAAUGAAGUCAAAGAAAAACCAAUAAAAAUAUGAAAUCAAA